AUGGAUAGCAGUUGCAACAUUCAGAUGCACACGUUCGUGGACGCGAGUGAGAGCGGAUUCGCGGCGGUUGUGUAUCUAAGGUUCGAACAAGGAGACGUUACAGAAACCGCUUUCGUCAGUGCAAAAACCAGAGUUGCUCCACUCAAAUUUCUCUCCAUCCCCCGCUCAGAACUGCAAGCCAGUAUUCUUGGUGUCCGGCUAGCAAACAGCGUUUCCCGGUCAUUGUCUGUUACGGUAAGGAAGCACUACUUUUGGACCGACUCACGGGAUGUCCUUUGCUGGUUGAACUCCGAUCAUCGAAGGUACAGUCAGUUCGUGGCAUUCCGGGUAAGCGAAAUCCUGGAGACGACAGAUGCGAAAGAAUGGCGUUGGGUUCCAACCAAACUAAACGUGGCGGACGAAGGAACCAAAUGGACGCGCCAACCUGAUCUCAGUGCCUCCAGCCUUUGGUUUCAAGGACCGGAAUUCCUACGAAAAUCUCAAGAAGAGUGGCCAGUUCCCUCCCAUCAUGGAGCGACGGACACGGAGAUUAGAGCGCAUCUGUUGACGCACGUUUCUACGGUGGAAUCCAUCAUUAAUCCUCAAAACUACUCGAAGUGGACUACGAUACUACGUACAACGGCGUUCGUGUUCCGGUAUAUAAACAACUCUAGGCCGAUGAUGAAGCAACGAACCGGAGGACCGUUGACGCAGCAGGAGUUAGAAAGAGCAGAGAACUUUCUGUAUCGCCUUGCCCAGAGUGACGAGUACGCAGAAGAAAUGGCUAUCCUUUUUAAUAACCGCUUGUGUGAAACGGAUAAGCAAUCUAUACCCAAGAGCUGUUCUAUUGCUUAUUUCUGCCCCUUUCUCGAUGAAUCCGACGUGUUAAGGGUUCGGGGCCGAACCGGUGCCUGCCCGUUGAUCGACUACGAUGCAGUUAACCCCAUCAUUCUGCCUCGUGCCCAUCGGGUCACACAUUUGAUUCUUCUGCAAUAUCACCGCAAAUAUCACCACCAAAACCACAACACUGUUCUCAACGAGAUUCGUCAACGAUACAGGAUCCCACGCCUGAAGUCUACAUACAACACAAUCCGGAAGCAGUGCCAGGAAUGCAUGAAUGCUAGGGCAACGCCACAGCCUCCAGCCAUGAGUGACCUUCCGGCAGCCCGUCUUGCUGCCUUUUCUCGUCCGUUCACUCACAUGGGGGUGGAUUACUUCGGCCCGGUCUUAGUCACAGCCAACCGUAAAACUGAGAAACGCUGGGUUUUACUAGCCACCUGCCUGAUCAUCCGCGCCAUCCACUUGCAAGUCGCACACACUCUCAGUACCGAUUCCUGCAGUAUGGCUCUUCGAAACGUCAUUGGUAGGAGGGGCACGCCGGCAGUCAUCUAUAGUGACCAAGGUACCAACUUCCGGGGUGCUAGCAAGGAGCUAAAGAAUGCUAUGGACAAUCUUGACCGUGAACGGCUGAAGGCCGAGUUCACGACUACCCACACGACUUGGAUUUUCAACCCACCAGCCUCUCCGCACAUGGGCGGAGCUUGGGAGCGUCUCGUUCGCACAGUCAAGCAAAACCUCAAUAAGCUGCUACCAAAUCGUACAUUGUCCUACGAAGUUCUUGAGAAUCUUCUCAUCGAAGUUGAAAAUGUGGUCAACUCCCGGCCGCUAACCAGUAUCCCGGUGGAAGAUGAUGAAUUCCCUGUACUGACCCCAAACCACUUCCUACUUGGAUCGUCCAAUGGUUUGAGAUCGUGGGUACCUCUUGACAGUAGCCCCCGGCACUCAAACACUGUUGGCACCUCUCUCAGAGCUUGGCCAACCAAUUCUGGACCCAAUGGUUGCGAGAUUACCUGCCGUCGAUCACUCGUCGAACCAAAUGGCUUAACCCAACAAAGCCCAUUGAAGUCGGCGACAUAG